AUGGGAAAGCCAGCCAACUUCGAGACCAUGGAACAGACGAUGAGGGACAAUUUCAACUGCAUUAGAAUAAGGUGCGAAGCACGAUUGGUACAGCAGGUAGAUCGACUAGAAACGAUGAUUGAAGGUAUGGAGGGGAAGAACGAUAUACUUCAAGUGGAAAGUGCGCAGAAUGCCCCCAGGCUAGGCAAUUACCGACUAAAAGCUGACCAGACCAGUCUAAAAAGCUAUCGACAAUUCUUAGAGGCCAAAUUCGACAAGGAUAGACACCGGCAAAACCUUGGAGUUCAAGAAUUCUUGGAGACACCAAUGGGAAAGCGUUGGCAAAGCGCUGGCUCUGUGGUAAUUGUCCUGUCUGGCUGUAACGAACGCGGUAUAGUAACUUUCGAUGAAUCAUGGCUUUCGCCGGUAGCUCGUAUUGUUGCUUUUGGCAAGUGCGAUGAUGAGAAGAGCACUCCUUUCUUGAAUCAUAUUUCAACUACUCUAAAAGAAUCCAGCAGUUACGGACAGGAAAGAAUCCCUAUAGGCACCCCUCUAUAUAUUGCUAAUCUUCAAGCCGAGCCUUUAUUUGUCAUCUUGAAUCGGAUGGAAUUGGGUAAGAUGGUGAGUGAAAGAUCUCUCAUUGAAGCUAUGCUCCAUUUUGAGAGAGAGGCAAGAAGUUGCAGCUUGAUUAACGUCGAUUAUGAGGCUGAGAGCGGUCAAUCCCGCCCGUAA